CAGUUCUUAGUUCUUCACUGAUUAUAAAACUCAAACAUUCUCCCAUUGAAGUAUGGUCCUAGAAGCACCAACAUUCACGUGCCAAAUGAGUAUUAAAGUCAUGUGCCUGCUCUUAUAGUGAUCCUAGAUUGUGAUUUCACCAUUCAUACUGUCUGGUUGGGUUUUGGUUGGGUUUUUGGCCGUUUUUAUCUUUGGAGAAAGAAUUUUCAAUGGCCAGACAAGUUCCCUCACCCAGUUCACAUUCUAUGAAUGUUUCUGCUGGUAAGACAAUGGAUUGACAACACGUAGCGAGAAGCAAGCAGAAAUACUUCAGCUUGUUUCAUGAGCAAAUUAAACAGUUAUCAUUUUGAUGAGCACUUACAAAACCAUUACAUCUGGGGACAUGUCCCAUACAGAUUCCUACUGUUAGAGGUGUUUCUAGUUAGUAUUUGAGCUUACUGCUCCAUAAACCUGCAUUUGUCCAGCACAGGAUGCCAUGUGUGCACAGCAACUGUAUUGAUUUGGAGAGCACACCUUCUGUCUGUAGCACAGGUACCAGCUGUGCAAAGAGCAGGUAAUAAAUGCUGUCAGGGAAACACUUUUAGGUCCUGAUGUGAACUUCUUGAAGCCAGUGUAAGGAUUGUCACCAAUGCUGCUUUGUCCUCAGUUGUGGCAGUUUUUAAAGCAGGCAGCUGGUACCUGAUGCCGUGAGAUCAGGGGCAUUUCAAAACGCAGUUGGGACUUCUGUGCAGCAUUCCCCUUCCUGCUGCCUUUUCUCCACCCCCGAUACUUCAAGGGUUUAUUUACCUAAACAUAACAUUUCCCUUGGGUAUAAAACGAAGCGGUACUUUCAAAUUUAAGCAAGUGCCUAACUUCAGCUCGAUUCUGAGCCGCAGCACAGCUUCGGCUGUGGAAGCGUGCCUCCGUGCGGCUUCUCAGCCCUGCCAGCUGGGCAGGAGCAGCCCCUCUCCUUGUGGCGGAGAGGGGCUUAGCUCUUACCCUGCGCACUGCCCCGGAGGGGCUGAAUCCCACCUUCUGAUUCUGCCACACUUCCCACCGCUUCAGCAUCCCCGCCGGAGCUCCUCGCCUUGCCGGGGCCGUGCCGUCGGAGCCGGAGAAGCCGAGGCGAGGCGGGCUGCGGGCGGGGUCUGGCUGAUGUAACAGGAAGCCCCGCUGGCUGCCUGCCGCCGCUCCCCGCUCUCCGUCCCCAGCUGAGCCGCUCCUGCUGCUGCCCGAGCAGCGCCGCGCUCCGCUGAGCGCCACUGCCCCGCAGCCAGCGGCAACAGCGAGCUGCCAGCCGCGGGGAGAAGAGACGAGCGGAGGCAAAGCCAGCCAGAGCCCACCGGAGUUGAGCCUGUUUGAGUUCAUUUGAUUGCAACAUAAAAUACACUGCACCAAAUACAAAAAUGACAAAAAACUGGAUAACGUUUUUGCUGUUCUUCCUCUUGGUUACUAUGUUUUUUGCCACUGCCAUACCAGCUGAGGGGCAUCAGAAUAUGACAGACGACUUCGCUCAACUGAGUGUUACACGGAAUAAAAUUAUGACAGCACAGUAUGAAUGCUACCAGAAAAUUAUGCAAGAUCCCAUUCAUAGGAAAGAAGGUCCUUACUGUAACAGGACAUGGGAUGGCUGGUUGUGCUGGAGUGAUGUUGCUGCAGGAACUGUGUCAGUACAGCGUUGUCCUGACUACUUUCAGGAUUUCAAUCCAUCAGAAAAAGUGACGAAGAUCUGUGAUCCAAGUGGGAACUGGUUUAGACACCCAGAAAGCAACAGGACGUGGACAAACUACACCCAGUGUAAUAUCUAUACGCAUGAAAAAGUGAAGACGGCUCUGAACUUGUAUUAUUUGGCCAUCAUAGGACAUGGUCUCUCAAUUGCAUCACUUUUGAUUUCUCUUGGCAUAUUCUUUUAUUUUAAGAGCUUGAGUUGCCAAAGGAUUACCCUGCAUAAAAAUCUAUUUUUCUCGUUUGUUUGCAACUCUGUUGUAACGAUAAUUUCACUGACUGCAAUAGCCAACAAUCAGGAGUUAGUUGCAACUAAUCCAAUUAGCUGCAAAGUGUCACAGUUCAUCUACCUGUACCUAAUGGGGUGCAACUACUUCUGGAUGCUGUGUGAAGGCGUUUACCUGCAUACUCUUAUUGUGGUGGCUGUUUUUGCUGAGAAACAGCACUUGAUGUGGUAUUACCUUCUUGGAUGGGGUUUUCCACUGAUCCCUGCCUGCAUACAUGCUGUUGCUAGAACUUUGUAUUAUAAUGACAACUGUUGGAUCAGCUCUGAUACUCAUCUGCUGUACAUCAUCCAUGGCCCUAUUUGUGCUGCUCUAUUGGUGAAUCUCUUCUUCCUGUUGAAUAUCGUCCGUGUUCUCAUAACGAAGCUGAAAGACACCCACAAGGCAGAAUCCAACCUGUACAUGAAAGCAGUGAGAGCUACCCUGAUUCUAGUCCCCCUGCUUGGCAUUGAGUUUGUGCUGUUUCCAUGGCGACCAGAAGGCCGGAUUGCUGAGGAAGUCUAUGACUAUGUGAUGCACAUCCUUAUGCAUUACCAGGGUCUACUGGUGGCUACAAUUUUCUGCUUUUUUAAUGGAGAGGUCCAAGCUGUUUUGAGAAGACACUGGAAUCAGUACAAAAUCCAAUUUGAGCACAGCUUCAGCCACUCAGAUGCUAUGCGCACCGCUUCCUACACUGUAUCAUCAAUCAGUGAUGUUCAAGGCUAUGGCUACAGUCAUGACUGCACCAGUGAACAUUUAAAUGGGAAGGGCUAUCAUGACAUGGAGAGUGUUGUUUUAAAAACUGAGAAGCUGUAUGGUUGACUGCCAAAGACUUCGCCUACGCCAGAGUGUUCACCCUCGUAGUUCGUGAACUUGAAGUUUGAUUUAAUGACUUCAUGGCCAGAAGAUUUUACCUAACUUGGGAUAUGUUUUUCUCCUGCAAACAAAAACCAACACGUUUUUCGUAUGUAUAUAUAGAUAUGUUUGUGUUUCUUUGUAUCUAUGUAGUAUGGACAUCCAUACAUCUAUCUAUCUAUAUGUGCAUUUAUGUAAGGAUACAGACUUUGCCUCUGUAGUUUCUACUGUGUAGACAAAGUUGGCAAUUUUUUGUAUAACGGGAAUCAAUGAAGGAUUUCUUACUUUCUUGGAAGUUUGUAUAAAGACUGUGUUGUACUGAAACCACUUCAUUUGCCUACAGAAACUUAGGGUGUAAAUAACAUACUGUACUGUCUUAAUUCAACCGAAAACUGAAAAAAGGAAAAUGGUUUAAAAUAGGUGCAAUAAUUACAGUAGAUUGUCCAGUUUAAUUUUGUGUCUAGCAUUUGACUGUCAAAAAAAAAAGAAAAAGGGUAGCCUAAGAUAACAAACUCAGAGAUAUUGAUGCUGAGCCAGUUUGAUUUGAUUUUGCCACUAUUUUAAAUGAAGCAUGAGAGAUGCCAGUGCAAGUUUAAGAUUCUACUUACUUCUGUAUUGCAAUGUAAUGAUUUACAGCUAGCUUUGAAGCAUUUUAUUUAAACUGUUUUCACAUACGCAGGAGUGUCUCCUCCUCCUCAAGUUUGUCGAAGUUUCUUAGCAACUUUAUUGCAGACCAGAUCAAUGAGGCCUUACUGCCAGAAAGAAAAGUAGUAACCUGAAUACCUAUACCUAUACCAUCCUGACACUAAUGCGGGCUGAUGGAACUUCACUGUGUGCUUAAGCAAUUUACUCAACUUGAAAGAGAUCACAUACAGAUUGUGUUGUUGUCAUGUUGUUUCUUUUGUUUUACUUUCAGGUAUUUCCAUGGCCAUAUGCUUAAUAAUUUAUUCCUUCAUUUUUGGGGCAACGUUUUUGAUUAAUCUUGUGGCUUGUUUUGUCUGAGAAAAGUAUGAAGGACUGAACGCAGUGCAAAUGGUAUACUACCUUUAAAGCCAGUGUAUGAGAAUUCAGAUUAAUCAAGCAAAUUAAUGUUUUCCAUGAUUUCAUUAUUUGGAAAAAUCCAAUAUAAGCUUAUUCUUACAAAGCUUCAAAACAUUAUGGAUUGAGAAUAUUAUUUUCGGAGUGCUUGAUUCUGAACAGGACUUAAAAGUUGUUUCUUUUGGUUCUACUGGUAGAUAAAGGCCUCAUUGAAAACUGAGGAGGUUGAUGGGAAGGUCUUGAGAAAAUGUGUCUAACUAUAGGGCUCUAUAUUUUUGUAAAUCUUUAUGCUUUAAAGAAAUAACGGUUUUUCUUUAGAGAAAUGACAAAAUUGCUAAAGAAUGAGAGGAUGGUAAAAGGUGAAUUUAUAAAAGUCUUACUAAAAAGCUCAGAAGUAGAAAAAGGUUUUAAGAGUUUAUUUUGCAGAUAAGCCUACUUGAAAAAGCAGGGGAAGAAGAGGAAAAGUGGAUACUGGAGUUGAUAGACUAUUGUAAUGCUAACGCACAUCUGGUAAGCAAGUCAACAAACUUAAAGACAGUUCUUUCUGAGACCACUUUAGUUUUAAGUACUUAGGUUUGUAUAUGAAGAACUUGAUUUUAACAUUUAAACGUUUUUGUCAGUAGCCUUUCUGUAAGCUUCAUUAGCAUUUAAAUAAUUUGCUGUCACAGUGUUUAUUGGUUUGUGACUUCAUAAGGCUUUAAAUGCUUUAUAUUUAGAACACUAGGAGAAUGCAGUAAAUUCAUGCCACUUGCACCUUUUCCUAGUUUUUUUUUUUUUUUUUUUUUACAGUUAUGUCUGGGGUUCUGGGGUUUGAAUUUAGAAAGUAUUUUGUUAAUAUUGUAGUUUCAUAACAUAGAAUCUCUGCUAAGCUGUUAAAAUCAAGAUUUCUCUUCUGGAAGGCUGUUUGAUUGGUAGUGAAAAUCAGUUGGGUGCUAUACUAAAGAGCAGCGUGAAAUGUCACAAUCAGACGUCACAGUCUCUUAUAAGAAUACAGUGAUGGCAUCUGUUAUAACAUGAUUAGAGAUUACUCUUGCUUGCUGAUCUGUGUAGUGUUACUUAAAAAUCUGUGCAAUGGUCUGAAAUUACUAGUGGUGCAGAAAAUCCCUGCUCUGAUAUAGCAGCUUUGGUAUAGCUCUGGGAGGACCAGAUUAUCAACUGAUACAAAUCUGUCAUGAGUUCCACAUUCAGAAUCAGUGGGUACCAGCUGAGAAUCAAAGCCCACACAGAUACCUGUCUAUUUAAAAGUGCUUCAGAAUCCUUUAUGGCAUAUUAUCAGACAAUUGUUUCAAUGGUACAUGGUGGGUUGUUUAAAACAAUUAAAACAAGUAACAGCUGAGAAUGUGAUAUGGUAUUAAAUUUAUAACUCACUUUAUCUCUCAGCUAGGCACUUCAAAUUUAAUAGCCUAAGAAUUUGUGUCAUUUUAUACAAAGUACUAGAUGCUAAUAGCUGCCUGUCCCCUGUCAGAGAAACUUGUAAUGGUAAUUUGCAGGAGGAGUAGUUUGUUUUUGCACAGAAAUUGUCCUGCUUCUAGGUGUACAGUCACAGCAUACUUCUAAGAACACUUUUUCAAAAGAAACACGUUCAACUGGACAUGCAAGAAAAUGGUCCUGUCUGUGGAGGGAGAGCUACAUUCCCUGCUCCUCGUGAGAUUAAACUAACCUAUGUCCUGUUUUGCAUUGGAAAAUAAAAAUUACCUAUUUAGUCUUCCUAUCUGACCUUUUUUAGUUCCUACACAGCCAAGAGCAGGGUCUGUUUCUUUUUUUCUCUUUUUUGUCUUUUGUCACUAUAAAUUAAAAUCAAAUCCUUAUACUGAUAUUUCUUAUGGCUUAUUUUCUACAUUGUGGAAUAUUGUAGUCAUUAUCUGUAUUCUCUGGGACGGAAGUAAGCUCCGGUUUGGAGGGGCUGUGAGAUUCCAUUGAACAUGCAUUCAUCUAUUAUUAUUUGCUCUUUUUUUGUUGUUGCUAUUUAGUGAGGAUUUAUUGUGUCAGUCUGAAGGGGGCUACAGAAAUGCUUAUAUUAUAUCAGGUGUCUGUAAUUCUAGCAUCUUAGUUUUGUAUGAAGGGAAUGUCUAUUUUUAAUGCUACUGCCUUUAGUUAGUAAAAUGCACAGAUUGAAGUUCCAGUGCAAGAUCCCCUCAGUUUUGUUUUGUUUUGUUUUGUUUUUUAAUGUUAUCAUCUAUGCUAUGUAUUUUUUUCUCAUUGUGAUGAUCUACUAGAGUAUUUGGCCAUAGAAAUGCUGCAACACAUACUAUUUUUUUUUGUCAUGAAACAUUUGGGCUGGAAACCAGGCAACAUUCAAGUAUUGUACUGUGUAAAUAAGAUUAAUAGAAGCUAUAGCGUUGUAUUUAUUGCUUACACUAAGAAUGAAAUGGAAAAAAAUGUGAAGUUAUUUUUUGGUUGUGCUUUAUUUUCACUUUGUCAGAUGAAUCAUGCAUUUUAAUUGCUGAAAGUAUUAUGUUUGUGAUCAAUAAAAUAUUACUACAUU